GCGGGUCAGGCCGGUCCUCCCGGGGAAACACCGGUGUCGCUGCUCUCUGUUUAACCCUGGUGCUGAAUUACCUUGCCGCUGCGCUGGCGUUGCUGCUCAGGGACCCGCCGUUCCGGGUGUGACUCCGACCUCGUCUCCUGCUGCAAUCUGACCGAGACUUGUGGUCCGCGUUUCCCGCAGGAUUCGGUAUUCCCAUCCCUCUCCUCCACCAGGCUGAGCUGGAGCCCUUCCGCACUGCACUUCCCAGCCCGGCACCUUAAUGGAAACAGAAGUUGAUGGUGGGCCGAGGUGACGUAUGGCUGAGGAGCGGGCAUCCCUUUUUGCUUUGCCACAGCUGCGAGGAUGAUAUUUGUGGGGUUAAAAGAUUUGAACUGCAGGUGAAUAAAACUAGGGCCGAAAAUUGAAGGAUGGCAGCAAAUCCUUCAGGACAAGGUUUCCAGAAUAAAAAUAGGGUUGCAAUCCUGGCAGAACUAGACAAGGAGAAGAGAAAGUUACUUAUGCAAAACCAGUCUUCCACAAAUCACCCUGGAGCCAGCAUUGCACUUGCAAGAUCACCGCUGAACAAGGAUUUCCGUGAUCAUGCUGAGCAACAGCACAUUGCAGCACAGCAGAAGGCUGCACUGCAGCACGCACACGCACAUUCCUCAGGAUACUUCAUAACUCAAGACUCUGCAUUUGGAAAUCUUAUUCUUCCUGUCUUACCUCGACUUGAGGCAGAAUGAGGAAUGUUGUUUCUCAGAACUGCAAGGUCUGAUUUUUGUCCAUAGCAGGAACUGUCUGACCUUCUAAUUUCUUUACUUACCUGAAAACCUAUUUUUUUCUGGAUUUUUGUGGUUGCCUUUCGGAAGUGUGAGCUCUAACAAUGAAAAAGCACUGUUGUUGCACAGCGAUUUUUAUCCUGUAUUUCUGUUCCUCUGUCAGGUCAAAGUCAGACAUAAGACUUCCUUGGUGUGUGAAGUGCAUAGCGCUUGCUCUUCCCUGUUUCUGUGCUUCCUUUAAAUAAAUGUCCAAACCAGGGUCAUCAAGAGAUGCACACUCUGUCAGCAUUUGUGUUUCUUAUUAUUCUAUACAGGUACUUUAUUUUACUUUAAUGAAAGACAAAAGUAACUUUUGUCCAUCAGAACAGAUACGCAUUUAUGAAAUAUAUCAGUCUUUUAUUCCCCCCCACCCCCCGUAUUGCUAGUGUACUAUUUGCUGUUGUAGUAUCACCUGGUCUCAAGUUCUUAGACAUAGUAUGCCUGCCUCUUUAUUUUGUUUUGUGAAAUAUGAAAAUGAAUUAAAGUGGGGAAAAAGCAAUUGUUUCAAACAGUCUUUUAACAGACAAAAUAAAAGAAGUCUUUUAACUUCUCUGGACAUUUCAGAUGAAAAGUGUUGUCUGCAAGGACAACUCAGUUUAUAAGGUCAUAUUUUUCUAGUCAUACUUCUUUCAAUACUUAGUGUGUUUUAGUGUGUUUCCUUUUGCUUGCUUUUCUCCUUCUUGUUUUUAUCUGUGAUAAUCAAUUCCAGCUCCAUGCUGAAAGGAAGUCUGUUGAUCUUAAGGUAGAUUAUUUUGGAAUUGUGAUCAUGCUACCAGGAUAAAGUAACUUAGAAUGAAAAAUAGUACAUAGAUGUCUUACACCUCCACAGCUUUACUAACACUAUACUAGUACAUUGAUUGCUUAACCUGUGGAGGCAAGUUUUAGAAAACAAAAAGAAGAUAACUUAAAUGAGAACCAGAAAUCAGAAAGCAUCUGUUAAAUUGGUGCCCAUUUGAAGCAGCUCUGUCCAUUGCAGAAACUUAGCUGCCCCAGGAGGUUUCCAGGGUUGUAUUCUACAGAUUUCCUUAGUGCCAUUUAGGGUAUCCUGUUUCCAUCUGCAGGGGACUGCCUGAACCCGGUAAGCAUUACUGAACUGUAAGCACUGUUCACAAUUCCAUUCCUCAUGAGUAAGAAAACGGAGUGAAGGCCAAGAGAUCUGUGCAGGUCUGAGGAAAAUGCCACUGCUUUCAUAUACCUCAGCUGAGUACAGACCCCUGCAGAGGCUGUAGUGUAUGAAAGCAUUUUCAAGAAGGAGAAUCUUGUGGAGGAGGCCUGAUAGAACGUAAAGAUGUGCAAUUGUAACAUGAACUAUCCAUAUCAUGUGCUUUUUUGAGGAGUCCAAUGUGGUGAGUUAUGGGAACGAUGGUAGUUUUUCUGGGCAGUGGAGAAAGGAGUACUGUCAUUUCUGUUUUCAGUGGUUGGCUCUGUGUAGCUUUUUAAUUACCAAGAGUAACUUCACCAUGAAGCUGUCCUGACUAUCAUUAUUCUGCAGUGUGAGCCCAGUAUCUUAAGAUUCUUUGAAGAAAAAGAUCUGCAAAUCUCUGUGUGUAGAAGAGGCAGCUAUGAAUCAGUCCAAGCUUGGAAAUAUACAAAGGCAAAGAAUGUAAAGCAGAUAAUAGCAGGAAGUUUGAUUUUAGAUUUUAGUUUAAUUUUAAAAGGUAGGCUGGGCAUUUUAAUAUUAAAGGAAUUUUUUUUUCUUGAGAGAAGUGGCCGAAGAAUAUCUGCUUUCUCUAGAAACUGACCCUCUGUGCUAACAGAUUGAACUGUGGAAUCUCUCGGCGUUGCUGCACAGGCUGCAUAUGAUCCAGGCAAUGAAACAGUAAAGAGCCUUCUCCUUUGGAAAGCUAUAGUUGCUCCACUGAAGGAGUCAAACUUGCUGGCUGUGUUGUUUUCAUCUCAGGUAUCAAAAGAUCUGCUUUUGGAAAUCCAGAGACUGGGCUGAAAGACGGAGGUAUUCAAAAAACAGGAAAAAGUGACACAGCUGUUGCAAUAUUUUUAAGUUA